AUUUUACAACUAUUAAUAAUACAAAUAAUAUAUUAUCUACAUUAUUUGCUACUCAAUCUAAAAAUCUUGUUAAUAGAAUUACUACUCAAACUAAAAAUUUUGUUAAUACAAUUGUUACUCAGACUAAAAAUUCUAUUAAUAUAAUUGCUACUCAGACUAAAAAUUUUGUUAAUACAAUUGCUAUACAAACUGAAUCUAAUAUUAAUACAGUUGUUACUCAAACUAAAAAUCUUGUUAAUAUAAUUGCUAUACAAACUAAAUUUAAUAUUAAUAUAGUUUCUACUCAAACUGAAAAUUUUAGUAAUACAAUUGCUAUAUAA